CUCCCACCGGUAGACACAACUAAGAAACACAGAGCGUUCACCAUGGCGAGCAGGAACACCAUGUCAUCCGUUGUAUUCCUCUUGGUGCUAUUGCUCUCAUGCAGUUCGAGCAGAGCAGCAAGGCGCCUAGAGGAGGCCGUGCCCAAGGAGGAGCACCGACCACAUCCCAUUGCGCCGGAGCUGCCAAAGUCUGAACUACCACACCCUAUCGUGCCCGAGGCGCCAAAGGAGCAUGAAGUGCCGCACCCUGCAGUGCCAGAGAUGCCAAAGGUGCCUGAAGUGCCACACCCCGCCGUGCCGGAGCUGCCGAAACCCGAACUGCCGCCACACGCUGCAAUGCCCGAGCUGCCGAAACCUGAGCUACCCCAUCCAGUUGUGCCCGAGGUGCCAAAGGAGCCUGAAGUCCCACACGCCAUUGUACCAGAAGUACCAAAGGAGCACGAAGCGCCCCGCCAUGAGCUUCCCAAGCCCGAAAUGCCACAUCCUACCAUCCCAGAGGCGCCAAAGGAGCCCCAUAUGCCGGAGGCCCCAAAAGAGCCCAAGCUACCGCACCCUGUUGCACCCGAGGUACCGAAGGUACCAGAAUUGCCACACCCCACCAUGCCAGAGGUGCCAAAGCAUGAACUGCCACCAUUCCCGAAAGUAGAGCUGCCACCAAAGCCUGAGUUCCAUCAUCCAGAGCCAGAGGCCAAGCCAUGAUCGGACUAGCUACAUGCCUACAUCGUCCCCUAUAUGGGCUAUAGCGCUAGUUAUCUAUAUUUGAAAAUAUGCAUAUCUGCAGCGUGUGUGAUAUGGUUAUGUAAUGUGUGUUGUACGUACUUGCGGUCUAGGUCGAUCGUAAUGAUGAGAGUGUUAUGUCUGAGUGGUGUUGCAUACUUGCAUCCUGCAGAUGCUCGAUCUGUUCUUUCUAUCUAUAUAUAUGUGUAUAAUGUCCGCAGCGGCUCGAUCGAUC